CACGCACGCACCCACACACACACACACACACACACACACACACACUGAGGGUGACUUGUAUAGGCAGCCAGAAGAGAGAGAGAGAGAGAGAGAGAGAGAGAGAGAGAGAGGAGCGCUCAGAAACAGAAAGGUACACAGAGAAGAGAGUGGACGACAGAAAGUAAGAGAAGGAGAAGGAGGACGGUGGCUCUUGAGCAUCUCCUGCGCACCUAUUCAUCCCUGCACGCUCACGGAUCUUAAAAGUCUACACUUUAUCUUCCUCGUGUUUGCUUCAGAGAGAGAUUAAAAACUUUUUUAAAGAGGCUUUUUUGAAAAAACUAAAACAAAACACUUUUUUUUUGGAGUUGAGAGCAGAGAGAGAGAAAGAGAGAGAGAGACGCGAUUCCUGGAAGAGCUUUCGUUCAUUUUUCCCCCCAAACCAAGUCUUUCCAUCCCUCGAGAAGUUUUAAAAAGUAAAGCCCUUGUUAGUUCCAGGGCUCGGCUUCACUUUUUCCACGUGUCCCACGGUGUCCCAGCUUUUGACAUAAACGUGUCACCUUGAGAUUUUUGCUUGCCUUCAAGUUUCAGAUAAAAAAAACAACAACUUCAUUUUAAGUCACUGACCCACAAACGAGACCAAAAAUGAGAUUUCAAACAUCAGGACAGUCCCCAGCCUUGUGUGAUUGUUGUGCUAAAUGCUUAAAUCAUUAAAACAAAGUGAGUUUUAAUGGUUUUAUUUUUCCACUUUACACGCUGAGGAGUGAUACUGAAGAUACGGGGAGCGCAGCUCACCUGUAGCAUCUCCUCCGCUCAGGCGACACUUUGAUUUGCACUUUUUACGCACAGAAACGCCACUUUGUGACUAUCUAUAGAUAGAGAUUCAAUCUAUCUGAAAGAAAAGAUCGCACUCCACAAAGUUCAUUCAUUCUGAAAGCACACUUCCAGACGACUCAGGAGUGCGUAAAAGAGCGCUGCGCUUUUACGCAAAAAAACUUUCCAACUUUUAGAUCAUCCAGAUCCGGAUCCAGAUCUACCCGUUUUUGUCUCGAAUAUAAACUUUAAAGAAACUUCAGCGCAACUUUCAGCAGCUUUUCUGAAAGUCGUCCGGAGCUCCAGAGAGACCGCCGGGCUCUCCAUCACCAUGCUGUUCGACAGUUUCGACCUCGUCUCGGCUCUGGCCACCCUGGCCGCCUGCCUGGUGUCCAUGGCCCUGCUCCUCGCCGUCUCCCAGCAGCUGUGGCAGCUUAGAUGGACGGCCACGCGGGAUAAAAACUGCAAGCUUCCCAUGCCCAAAGGAUCCAUGGGCUUCCCUUUCAUCGGCGAGACCUGCCACUGGCUUCUGCAGGGUUCGGGCUUCCAUGCGUCGCGGAGGCAGAAGUACGGCAACGUGUUCAAGACCCACCUGCUGGGCCGCCCUCUGAUCCGGGUGACGGGCGCCGAGAAUGUGCGCAAGGUGCUGAUGGGCGAGCACACGCUGGUGACGGUGGACUGGCCUCAGAGCACCGCCACGCUGCUGGGACCCAACUCACUGGCCAACAGCAUCGGAGACAUCCACCGCAAGAGGAGGAAGGUGUUUGCCAAAGUGUUCAGCCACGAGGCCUUGGAGUCCUACCUUCCGAAAAUCCAGCAGGUCAUCCAGGAGAGCCUCCGGGUGUGGAGCUCCAACCCUGAGCCCAUCAACGUCUACAGGGAGAGCCAGAGGUUGUCGUUCACGAUGGCGGUGAGAGUGCUGCUGGGAUUCAGGGUGUCAGAGGAGGAGAUGAGGCAUCUGUUCUCAACCUUCCAGGACUUUGUUGACAACCUGUUCAGCCUGCCGAUAGACCUGCCAUUUAGCGGCUACAGGAAGGGUAUCCGUGCACGAGACACCCUGCAGAAAAGCAUAGAGAAGGCCAUCAGGGAGAAGCCGCUGUGCUCCCAGGGGAAGGAUUACAGCGAUGCGCUGGACGUCCUGAUGGAGAGUGCCAAAGAGAACGGCACCGAGCUCACCAUGCAGGAACUGAAGGAGUCGACCAUCGAACUGAUCUUUGCUGCCUUCGCUACCACGGCCAGCGCCAGCACCUCACUCAUCAUGCAGCUCCUCCGCCACCCUGCCGUCCUGGAGCGCCUGAGGGAGGAGCUGAGAGCCAGGGGUCUCCUCCACAAUGGCUGCCUCUGCCCCGAAGGAGAGCUGAGGCUGGACACCAUUGUGAGCCUCAAGUACCUGGACUGUGUCAUCAAGGAGGUGUUGAGACUCUUUACGCCCGUCUCAGGGGCCUACCGAACCGCCAUGCAAACCUUCGAACUUGACGGAGUCCAGAUUCCAAAGGGCUGGAGUGUGAUGUACAGCAUUCGGGACACCCACGACACCUCAGCUGUCUUCAAGGAUGUGGAUGCCUUUGAUCCUGACCGCUUCAGUCAGGAGCGGGGAGAAGACAAAGAGGGACGCUUCCAUUACCUGCCAUUUGGCGGUGGUGUCCGGUCCUGCCUGGGCAAACAGCUUGCCACCCUCUUCCUUCGCAUCCUGGCUAUUGAGCUGGCCAGCACCAGCCGUUUUGAGCUGGCCAGCCGGCAGUUCCCCCGCGUGGUCACAGUACCGGUGGUCCACCCUGUCGACGGGCUGAAGGUCAAGUUCUACGGCUUGGACUCCAACCAGAAUGAGAUCAUGGCCAAGUCGGAAGAGCUACUGGGAGCGACUGUUUGAAGGGCAGAGAGUUGAUGAGUAGGGGGGUGAGUGAUCGAAAAAGUCUUUAGGGAGAAGAUUGAAGGAAGGAAAGAAAGAAUUUCAGAGUUAUUUUUUCUUCUCCACCUUUGCUCUGCCAAGUUGGAGGUUCCUUUUCAGACUAAAAGAAAAGCAGAAGUCUUCGUCUCUUGUUACAGCUGAUGAUGAUCGGGACUUUCCUCUGAGAAAGGAAGAAGCUGCCAAAAAAGUUCUUAAUUAUGCUCUAUUCUGUGUAUUUUUUUAAAGAAAUAUACAAACAAAAUGUAUGUACAAAAAAAGCUAUGUAAUAUAAUUUGAAAGAGAAUGUGGGUAGUGCACAAUGGGAGAAAGAGAAGUAUGGUGGUACUUUUGAGGAAAUGAAGUGUUGAAAUUAGAAAAGUAAAAGAAAAGACGGUUGUGGGAGGAAGGAAAGAUGGAUGAAACAGGGUAUAGGAUGAAAGAAUAUGAUAUUUUAGCAUUUUGCUUAUGCUUAAUCAAAUGCAGUGAACCAUUUCAGUUGUCCAGCAGGGUAAAAGAGAUGGAUAUAUAGACUGAAAGUUGUAGAUUUCCUGGUCAAAAUGUGUGCAUUUUUAGCCAGAAUUCUUCACGGUGCCACCCAGUUUCAACUCAUGUUUUCUGUUUAUUUGAAAAAGAUUUGAAAGAAUGAUAGAAAUCAGUACUGGCUUUGUGUUUUCCAUCAAAGGUCCAUCAAGAUUUGAAUUGUUUACUAGCUUACAGAUACAGUCAAAAGGAUCAUAGCACAUUGCAGGUUGUGGCACAAUUACACUGUGUUGCUGAACUCAGAUUGGUGGUCCACCGUUUCUUCAAGUCGACUACAUCAUGAUGCAGUAAAUGAUUUGACCGUCUUAAAUUUAUACUGCUAAUGAGGGUCAAGUAUCAAUUCAGGAAGUGAAGGGCUGUGCUUAGAAAUGUUCUGACGGGAAAAUAUACUGGCUGCACACUGGGGCAGAAAACAUAACAUUUUGAAUCUAUGUAAAUGGGCAAUUUGUUCAAUAUAUUAUGACCUUUCCUGCUGUUUUUUCACAAAGCUGCCUCUAAACUUUAUGAUCCUCACUGAUUAAACACAACAGUUGCCAUAUGUCUUCCAUCCAUGCAUUGUACAAUAGAGAAAGCUUUAGAGAACAUAAAGAGUAAGAAUUGCAGAGCUUUUAUUUGAGUAAAAGAGGAGUGGAAUUAAAAUUACGGUUUAGAAGACAGGAAAACAGGAGUUUUUAGAUUAAGUAACUGUUCAGGAUACUCCUUAAGGAAGUAUAUCCUUGCUGAAUGAUUAAUAACAUCAGGAUAGCUUUCACAUUCUUCAAACUUAAAUGAGUCCUCUUUCUUCCAAAAUACAAACUCUAAAAAGGAUUUAGAGGCUAUGUCAUCCUACUGUGUCUUAACAUCUUUAUCUCUAGUGAAAACUUUGCAUUACUCUCUUGCAUUACCCACGUUGCCCACCAACAUUGGCUCAAAAUGUUGCUUAUAUAGCAUAUCCCAGUAAUCUUGGUGGUGUGUGAACUCAGGUGCAGAGUAGACAUUGUGGUGAAUAAUGAAUAAGCCUUUACUUUUUUGACACUUAACUCUGACUGACUGCACAUAAAUAAUGUCACUUACUCGCUGUUGUAGUUUCAGAGCUGGACUGAUUACUUUUGUAAAAGCUGCCAUUGCUUUGCUUUCUGUCCACAUAAACAAAAAGAUAUCAGGGGUUUCCAAUAGCGCUCUCAGUUUACUUCUGCAACCAUUUUGUAUCCCCCCAAGCAAGCAAUUUUGGUGUUGCAAGCAGGAUCAACCUACAGGAAUUCCCAAUUGGCAUCACACGAGAUAAAAGUUACUGAAUCGAGGUCAAUCAGUAAUGAGGUCCAGGUCUGCUUUGUAAACCCUCUGAACCUGUGCUUUGAUACAUUAACUACACUUUCAAGCUGCAUUGAGAUCGUACUCUCUCGAACGGUGACUUUAUCCCGCAACGAGGAUACGAAAAAGAAAUCACUCUCAUGAAGUGUUGCACCUUCCUGAGCUGGACUAGUAGAAAAGACAGAGGGAUAGGUGGAGGUGGAGAGGAGAAGACCUACAUACAUGCUGCUUGAGUGUUGCUUUGUCAUUCUGUGUUUGUUUAUUUGUGUGCUGUUUUAAUUUUUACCGUCUCCUUGGGGCAGCCAUUUUGAGUUCUGUGGAGAAGGUGACAUUCUGUCUUGCUGCUCCUCCAAUCAACGCUAAGAAUGCAAAACAAUAUAAAUUCCAUGGUUUAAGCAACUUUAUUAGCUAAAAGAGAUUUAUUGUUUGAGGUGAUUGCACAAUCAGAACUCUCAGAGCUUUGUGUGUUCCAUAAUUGGAGAAGAAGAUUUGUUUUUCUUAUUUACCAUAUAUGGAGAGCUUCUGCAACGGAACUCUGGGACGUGUUAGCAGAACUCUUGGACAUUCUAGAAUCCUUGACCACGGUUCUAAGUUCCAAACCCGAAACUUGAGAGAGAAGGACCAAUGAGGUUUCAGGGGAGGGCAGGAUCAUGCUCAGAGGGCUUUUUUUUUUUAUUGGACGAUCCUGUUGUCCAAUAGCAUUCCAGAUGGAUUCUGCCUGUGCUAGACAUUGUUCACUCUUUCUACCAACCACACCACUGAUUUCUUCAUGUUAAAAAAAUAUAAAAAUAUAAUUUUUUUGCUGCUUUUCUUGUGUACAUUUUCUAAUUGAGAGUUCUAGAUUGCAAUAGUUUGUAUCGAGUGAGAUUUGCUAUUUCUUUCCCCUUUUAUAUAUAUAUAUAUAUAUAUAUAUACACACACAUAUGUAUAUAUAUAUAAUGUAGCUGAUUAAAAUUAUUGCAUUUUGUGAAAGCAAAAAGAGCAUUAAUAGGUUAUAGUGUAUAUUAAUUUGUACAAUAUUCCUUUCUUUAGCAAGCCAUGGGAAAAAAUCAGCUAUUUACGUCUACUAAUAACCUAAUAUUAAUGUUAUUGUACGAUUAAUAUUGUUGUUAUAAGAUAUUUGAAAUGCUAUUUUUUAUUCUAUUACAGAUUUAGAGUUUUUAGCCUAAAUGAGAAGAUCUUUGGUAAAUAUUGGAUGUAUUUAGAAUGUUAUGUAUUUCAGUUAUAUUGUAAACAGUGUUUAAAAUGUUAAUAUUGUUGAUUUGAUUACUGUAAUAAUUAUUAUUUGUUUUGUUAUUCAGACUUAUUAUCACUGCAUUUUAUUGAUAUUAAUUAUGGAAAACAGAAAGCACUUGCGAGGUAUGUCUAUUUUUUAAGUGCCAUGCGACUACACUUCCCCCUCCUGUCACCUGUUGGUUUCUCUGAACCUGUCUUAUGUCAAUCUGUACAUAAUAUUUGUAUUUCUUUUUACAGGAAAAAAAUGUUCAUUUAGUUUAAAUAUGAAUGUCUUGUUCUACUUUCUUCCAUUCCUUUUUGUUACCGUGAUUGUUAAAUGUACUCCUGUAAUAAACUAUAAAGUAAAAAGA